AUGCCUCCUCCAGUUGAAUUCAGCGAUGACGAGUCCGGGGGGGAAUCAAUUCCUUUCGAUGAUGAAAAGUCCAAAACAGAUAAGGCAAACGAGAGUACGGGAGCUGAAGGAAGUGAAGACGAGAGUGAGGAGGAAGGGGGUGAUGUAUAUGUCGUUGAAAAGAUCGUCAGUCACGAAUUUGCGAAAAAGGGAACACUGGUGUUCCUAGUCAAAUGGAAAGGAUAUGAUGACCCCAGUGAUAUGACUAAGGAGCCCGAAGAAAACCUGGAGGGUGCCCAGGAAGUUCUACAAGAAUAUUUUGAGAGAAUAGGAGGCCGCCCGGAAAAACCUUCAAAGAAACGGAAAUCGGGCGCGUCAGUGCAACAACGAACACCCGCAAAAAAGUCUAAAAAAUCACCUGAUAUUGUAAACGGAACAUCUGAUGCUAUAGAACUUCAUAAUUGGUAUCCUGAAGGGAGCAACUGGGAUAGCCAAGUCGAAACAGUUGAAACCAUCAUUAGGAAGAACAGUAACUUAUAUGCGCUGCUAGCCUUCGACAAUGGAAAGAGAUCAAAAGUGUCCUUAGCUCAGGCUUAUGAAAAAUGUCCGCAAAAGAUGCUAAGGUUUUAUGAGAGUAAUUUGGUAUUUAAAGAGGAGUAG